AUGUAUCUCACUUCAGUCACUCUUUUUUUUGUCGCGGCGCUGGUCUCUGGUCUAGCUGCUGCUGCCCCAGGCAGACCGUGCCUCCCCAUCACCAACAUCCAACUGGGUCCCCGGCCCUUCUACCUAGUUGACCGCAUGGACCAAAGCAGCCUCAAAACCAAGCUGCAAUCCUGCUCUGAGCGUCGAAAUUUCCCCUCAGACUUCUCCAUCAGCCACCGCGGCGCCCCGCUCCAGUUCCCAGAACACACCGUCGAGUCGUGGCGGGCCGCUGCCCGUGAAGGCGCGGGCAUCAUCGAGUGCGACGUCGCUUUUACAAAGGACCUCCAGCUCGUCUGCCGCCACUCGCAAUGCGACCUGCACACGACCACUGACAUCCUGACUAAUCCCUCGCUGGCAGGAAAGUGCACAGAACCUUUCCACCCGGCUUCAGCGGAUGGCAAAACAAAGGCCUCCGCCAAAUGCUGCACGAGCGACCUCACCCUCUCCGAAUUCAAAUCCCUCUGCGGUAAAAUGGACUCUUCAAACCCCAACGCCACCACAGCGCAGGAAUACCAAUCCGGCACCCCGGACUGGCGCACAAACCUCUACACACCGGGCUGUCCCAAACUAAGCUCCCACGCCGACUACGUCGCCCUCGUCAACUCCCUCGGCCUCAAAUUCACCCCGGAACUGAAAACCCCCGAGGUCCGCAUGCCCUUCCAGACCACCAUUGGCGGUGUCAAGAGGAAUUACACGCAGCAAAUGUACGCCCAGCAACUCGUGGACGAAUACCGUGCGGCCCGCAUAGAUCCGUCUCGCGUUUUCCUCCAAUCUUUCCUACCAGAUGAUAUCCUAUAUUGGAUCGCGAAGGAGCCCGCGUUCGCGCGGCAGGCUAUAUAUCUGGAUGAGCGCGUUGAUACGCCGGAGGGAUACGAGGAGGCUGUGAAGGGGAUGGCGGCGCUGGCGAACAAGGGGGUGAAGAUUAUGGGGCCGCCUAUCUUUGCGUUGUUGGCGGUGGAUGAGAAUGGUGGUGGGAAUGGGACGAGGCGGAUGGUGCCAUCGACGUAUGCAAAGGCGGCAGAGCAGGCAGGUCUUGGUUUGAUUGCGUGGUCGUUGGAGAGGUCGGGACCUCUGGAGAGGGUUGGGAUGGAUAAGGAGUAUUAUUAUUCGACUGUGGCCGGGCUGGUGGAUGGGGAGGGGGAUGUUUAUGAUGUUAUUGAUGUGUUGGCGAGGCAGGUGGGGGUGAGGGGGUUGUUUUCGGAUUGGCCUGCUACGGUUACUUAUUAUGCGAAUUGUAUGGGGUUAUAG